UUUCCCUCUCCAUCUUAUAAAAUUGCCUACAUGAAAUUAUUAUUGUAUUAUAUAAUUUCUCUUUAUGUCAUAUUGUGGAUAAAAGUAAACAAGAGGGGGCAGCCGCAGAUCUUUGGAAUUUGGAUCCUGACCAAAGACUUCCACUACCUCUUUGUGGGCUUGUGGCCCAUGACACGAAUCCAGGCACUAGAGUACACCAGCAUCAGCAAUUCAGGAUUGGGGAUGUUAUCGUAUAGGGCAAUAAACAUUAUCAGAUAGCCAAAAGAACGCUUCAUUUUACUGAUCAUCACUUGCUAGCUAGAGAGUAGGAAGAAGGAUAAGGAUCCUACCUUUACAUUCAGUGUCUGGCUGAAAGGAUUUGUAUAAAAUAAAACAAUUAAUAUCUUGGCUUUAGUUAGACCAUGUAGCUUAUCAGUGGGCUGCUUAGACAAGCAAAACCAACUAAUACCCACUUUUAGUUGGUUCUCAGCAUUGCUUCCAUUGAGAAAAUCCAAUUUUGCUUUGGUGUGCUAAUUCACAUCUACACCUAGAUUUUUCCCUGCCUUCCCACUUAUUUCAGCUUAAAUUAGCAUCAUUGAGAACCUGAAUCAGAGCUUUAAAGAGGGGAGACCAAGAAAAUAUAAGCAAGAAACUAAAAAAGAUGUCCUCACCCAUGAAGACAGGACCUCUGGAGGCUGGUGAAGCAUCAAAGAAUGAAACCUCAAAACAUGGGUUAAAUACAAACAGAGGGAGAGCGAUCUCAAUACUAGACCUCAUUUUAAGAGUUUUUGCAGCGAUUGGCACAUUAGGAAGCUCUGUUGCCAUGGGAACUACUAAUCAAACACUUCCAUUUUCGUUUCAAUCUUUCCAAUUCAGGGCUGAGUAUAAUGAUCUCCCUAUGUUCAUGUUCUUUGUGAUUGCAAAUUCUAUUGUAUGCGGAUAUCUUGUUCUGUCUCUUCCCCUGUCUAUCUUUCACAUCAUCCGGAGUGAAGCGAAAAUCAGCAGGGUCAUCUUCAUCAUAUUUGAUACGGUUAUGUUGAGUCUUCUAGCUUGUGGGGCUUCUGCUGCAGCAAGCAUUGUAUACUUGGCACACAAAGGGAAUGCUAAUGCCAAUUGGCUCCCGAUUUGCCAACAAUUCAGCAACUUCUGCCAGCGAAUAUCUGGAUCUCUCAUAGGCUCUUUCUUCUCAGUGAUCAUUCUUAUUCUGAUUAUUACUACAUCAGCAGUGUCUCUCUCUCAAAUCUAGUAUAUUACAAGACUGUCUCAUGUAUCUUUAUCCCAUAAAAAAACUUCACCAAGUUUGUUUCCAAUACUGUAUUAGACCAGAAACUCGAUGUGGGUAAAUAAGGUCUAACCAAGAUCUUUUGACCUCUUGCCCUGACUACUAGAUUAAUAAAUGUUUUUGAUAUAAUUGGUUUCCA